GUAUCGUACAGCACCCUCCCUUACUCCGUUUUGCUGUUCAUUCUGGUGUUGGUGACACAGCAGACCAGUUCGCUUGGUUGUGUGCCGUGACUUCGGGGACUUUUAAUAUGAACGGCGCCAUGGGCCUCGCCUUACCCUCCGUGAUCGUGAACGCGGUGAAGGAACUUUUAAUUGCAGUUGUGGACAAGACCCCGGAAAUCAUCAAAGCCUUCAAGGGAGACGGCGACGGAGCGAUGCGAAGGGAAAACGAGGAACUGGCAGAGGAACUCUGUGCCCUUCGGAAGGAACAACAACGGGCUUCAGAGACCAUUAACUCCCUAGUUGAGAGCCAAGAAAGGAUGAACAAAACACUCCAGCUGCUGGUAACACUGCUGACGGCGCUAGACAGGUCGCCCUCAGGGUCCCCGACUGAUCUGCGGGAGAGAAUUCGCGGCGUUUUGCAUCAAGGGGGACUUCUCGACGAUCUUGGCGAGCGUGGGGACGAGGAAAAUGAUAAUUCAGCAGAUCUGCAUGAUGGCCAGGGGGCAUCAGGGCUGACCUGUUCAGUAUGCAGGUCGACCUACAACACGGACAGUCGCCUGCCACUUAUCUUCUCCAACUGCGGCCACACUUUCUGCAGGAGAUGCCUUAUGACAGAGAGCCGGAAGAGGGUAUUUCGGUGCCCCUCCUGCCGCCAGGACCGCGACCGCUUCGAGCACCUGAAAACCAACUACGCGCUGCUGGACGUCCUCGAAGCGGUCGAAACGGAGACCAGGGACGACGAGGACGACUUCAAGAAGGGUCUGCUCAUGGACGACGAUGACCAGCUCGCCCUCGCCCUCCACCUGUCCGCGCAGGAGGCCGAAAAUGAGGAGUCCAGGCUUCUAGUCGCCAGCGUGGAGGAGGAAGAGGAGGAGGAGGAGGAGGACGAGGACGUGCGCGCCGGAGAGCCGACUGGGGAGGGCGACGUCUGCCUGGCGAAGGGCGGCAGGCAGAAGGCAGAGGGUCGUUCGGGGAAGGAGGAGGAGACAGAAGAAGACUGGAAGACAAACUUUGGGUUUGAGGAGGAAGACAUGCAACUGGCCAUGGCUUUGUCACUCUCGCUCCAGACAAGUAAGGAGGAGGCAGCAGAAAAUCAUAGAGAAUAAACGCAUCAUGGAAGAGAGUUAAAGACCUUCAAAGACCUGCAGACACACACACACACACACACACACACACACACACACACACACACACACACACACACACACACACACACACACACACACACACACACACACACACACUCACACUCACUCUCACACUCACUCUCACACUCACUCUCACACUCACUCUCACACUCACUCUCACACUCACUCUCACACUCACACACACACACACACACACACACACACACACACACACACACACACACACACACACACACACACACACACACACACACACACACACACACUCACACACUCACACACACACACACACACACACACACACACACACACACACACACACACACACACACACACACACACACACACACACACGCAUACAUAAAUACACACAAUGGAAACCUCACAUUGACAGUGGGAUUGUGAGGUAACGAUGAAUUGUACUCACCUACGUUCAUAUGAAGCACUGCUUAUCAAGAGAAUGUCUAAAGUUCAUGAGCUUAUGAUAUUCGUGGGGAAUUUAUGCAAGUUAAUCCAUAGAAAAGUUAAGUUGAUUCCUACUUUUCGUCUGUUUCUCAUUUCUUCACGGAAUGUCUCAAGACCUGAAGAUAGGCCCUGUUAACAAAACUAAAAUGAUUUUACGAUUAAAUCUCAGUCACAAUAAUGUCUUUAUAGGGUGUAAGAAGGGGAAAAAUCUUACAAGUGGAGCACCAAGAGAAACCUGGAAUAGAAAUAUUAUAUGCCUAGGAAAUGCGUUCAUUGUAUACUUGAGCAUCAAGACAAACUCUUCUCUACGCACGAACUACACACAAUACCGAAGUUGUUCUCCUUUCUAUUAACUCGAUCCCAUCCCUUCGCCUUCGAGAUAAAAAAAAAAAAAUCCUCCAGCUGAGAGAAUAAAUGUAACCAGGAAUUUUACCUCAUAACGAAAAGCCUCUUAGAUUUAAUACCAACUUCAGUAACUUCAGUACUAACCUCGCAUCAUUAUGAAUUCCGUCACUUGCCUCAGCAUCAGCAUUAAUUUCUACAAUAUAUGUAUGUGUUUUGUUCCAACAUCAACGACAGUUUCAGAGUCAACAGCUAUCAUGGGAAGCUAGGACCUGUUGCGAAAGUUAUUGCAGAAGAUUGAAUUGGUAAACUAAAUUGCUUUUGUGAACAUUAGCAACAUAAAGUAGAGCUUGAAGGUCACAGACUGUUUGCUGAUUGCACAUUGACUAACGCACCGGUAUUACUUGUAAAAUUGAUAUAGAAAAAAAAGAAAAAAGAAAGAAAAAUUAUAUGAUUCAUACUACAUUUGUGGUUUUGUAUCUAUGUUCACUCAAUAAGAUACCAAGUGCAUCCUUGAUGUUUUGCCAUGACCCACUAGCACCAAUAAAGUUCAGUGAGAUUGAA